AUGGCAAUCCGUGGCCAGACGACUCCCUUUGGACCCUACGGUGGUUUACGGCCGGAGGAGGGAAGGCAGUCCGAAGAUCCUGAACGUCUCUCUGCCUUGGGUGCUGGCAGUGGGGCAGCAGAUGUAGAAUAUGAACAGUUUCUGAAAGUGAAAGAGGUGCAGAGAGCGAUGUUUCAAGCGGAGAACAAGACCCUUGUCCAUCAGUGUGCUGACACUGACGUGAUCCAAGCAACGGAAGGUUCCAUCGCCUGCAUCGACGGCAACCAGGCAGCAGCGCAUGUGGCCUACGCCCUCAGCGACUGUGCCUUCAUUUACCCUAUCACUCCAUCAUCACCCAUGGGAGAGAUGGUGGAUGAAUGGUCUGCCCAAGGACUCCUCAACUGCUACGGACAAAAGCUGAGUGUGACAGAGAUGCAAAGCGAAGCGGGUGCUGCUGGAGCCUUGCAUGGAGCGUUGAAGGCCGGCGCCUUUUCCACCACUUUCACAGCGAGUCAGGGAUUGCUCUUGAUGAUCCCCAACAUGUAUAAGAUUGCUGGUGAGUUGCUCCCCUGUGUGAUGCAUGUUGCUGCCCGAGCACUCGCCGGGCAAGCACUGUCGAUUUUUGGGGAUCACAGCGAUGUGAUGGCCUGUCGUUCGACAGGGUGGUGCAUGCUGGCUUCGGAAUCUGUGGAGAUGGUGCAGUACAAUGCGCUAGUAGCACACUUGGUCUCGAUGGAACGGCGUGUUCCUGUCCAACACUUCUUCGACGGCUUCAGGACGAGCCACGAGGUGAAUAAGGUGCGGCUCAUCGACUACAACAGCAUGAAACAGUUCAUCAAUUGGGAUGCUGUCAAAGAACAUCAUGACCUCGCCAUGAACCCUCGACAUCCACAUGUACAAGGUACAUCACAAGGACCAGACAUUUUCUUCCAAUGCGUGGAGGCAGGCAAUGUGUUCUACGACAAUUUGGCCGACCUCUUCGAAGCGAAGUCAAGGCUUGUGGAGCAGAAGACUGGGGUGCACUAUGCCCUCUAUGCAUAUGAAGGCCAUGCAGAGGCGGAGUAUGUGAUUGUGGUCAUGGGCAGCGGGGCUGUGACCUGCAGCGAGACGGCCAAGUACCUUCAGGAAAAGGGAGAGAAGGUUGGUGUACUAAAGGUGCGCCUCUUCCGCCCAUGGGAUCGAACUCGAUUUAUGGCUGCGCUGCCCAAGACGACAAAGAGGGUUUGCGUCUUGGAUCGAACCAAGGACUGGCAGGGAUCACAAGGUGAGCCGUUGCUCCUGGAAGUCUCUGCGACGUUCCAGUUCAUGUCGAGGCCAGACAUCAUUUGCAUCGGAGGCCGCUAUGGUUUGGGAUCAAAGGAGUUCACUCCCAAUAUGGUGCUGUCUAUCUAUGAGAACCUCAAGAAGGAUGCUCCAAAGCCUCGCUUUACUGUUGGCAUUAAUGACGACGUCACUCAUUUGUCCUUGCCUGUGGGCGAAUGGCUCAACGUGCUGCCGCAAGGGACCACCGAGUGCAUGUUCUACGGCCUGGGAAGCGAUGGGACUGUCGGGGCAAACAAGAGCGCCGUGAAGAUGAUUGCCAUGGGAACGGAACUUUAUGCUCAGGCCUACUUCGAAUAUGAUGCCAAGAAAAGUGGCGGUGUGACCAUCAGCCACUUGCGCUUCGGUCCCAAGCCAAUCUAUGCCCCGUACAACGUGCGUGCAGCAGACUAUUUGGCCAUUCACAAGCCAAGCUACGUGGCCAACUACGACAUGACUCGCUACAUGAAGCCCAAUGGAGUUUGCGUCAUCAACUGCUCCUGGAGCGUGUCCGAGCUUGAGAGCAAAUUGCCUGCAAAGAUGCGCCGGGACUUGGCAUCAAAGAAGGCAAAGCUGUAUAUCAUCGAUGCCACUCAGAUUGCCGUGAAGGCUGGCUUGGGCAAGCGCAUCAAUAUGAUCAUGCAGAGUGUUUUCUUCAAGCUUAGUGGAGUCAUGCCCUUCGAGGAGGCCAUUGAGAUGUUGAAGAAGAGCAUCAAGAAGAUGUAUGGAAAGAAAGGUGACAAGGUCGUACAGAUGAACAUCGAUGGUGUGGACGCCUCUGUGAGUGGCAUCAUUGAGUGCCCUGUGCCCGCAGAGUGGGCCAAUCUCACGGUGCCUGGAGAGGCCGGGGAUGCGACACAGGUGGCCAAGGGUCCACGCAAGAUCGUUGAUUUGGCGCCAAAGCAGUUUGCGGACACUGUGCAGCAGCCUUGCAAUAACCUGGAUGGAAAUUCCUUGCCAGUCAGCACUUUUGUGCCUGGCGGCCGUGUGCCUCUGGGCACCAGCCAGUUUGAGAAGCGGGGCAUUGCAAUCAAUGUACCGAAGGUGGACAUGGAUCUCUGUACGCAGUGCAACAAGUGCAGCUUGAUUUGUCCCCAUGCAGCUGUUCGCCCCUUCCUGGCCACGCAGAUGGAGCUGAACUCCGCACCCAAAGACUUCAAGGAUGGUAGCCGGGCAGCGAUCGGAGGUGGUGUUUUGGACAGCUACCAGUAUCGUAUCCAGGUCUCGCCUUGGGAUUGCACUGGCUGCGAGUUGUGUGUGCGUAUUUGUCCCGCUGACGCACUCAAGCUGGCCGAUGCAGCAAAGGUCAUCGAGGAGGAGGAAGCGAACUGGAACUUUGCAGUGACCUUGCCAGACCGUGGUGAUGAGAUUGACAAGACCACAGUGAAGGGGUCCCAGUUCCAAAAGCCAUAUCUGGAGUUCAGUGGAGCAUGUGAGGGUUGCGGCGAGACACCGCAUGUGAAGCUCAUGACCCAGCUCUUCGGAGAGCGCCUGGUGAUCGCCAAUGCCACUGGCUGUUCUUCGAUUUGGGGUGGAUCGAACCCAUCCUUCCCCUACACAGUCAAUUCCAAGGGCGAAGGUCCUGCAUGGGCAAACUCACUGUUCGAAGACAAUGCAGAGUUUGGUUUUGGAAUGCGCAAGGCAUUCAAGCAACGCCGUGACUAUUUGGCAAAUCAAGUGGAGGACGCUUUGGCAGACAAGACAGUGGUGAUGAGCGAGGAGCUUCGUGCGGCUCUGAACCAGUUCCUGGUGAUGCGCAAGGAGAACAUGCAUGAUUUGCUCUUGCCUCGUGGCCGAAGUAUCUACCAUCAAAUCAUGGAGAAGUUGGUGCCUGUGCUUGAGAAGGAGAAAGAUUCGCAUGCAAAGAUCAAAAAUCUCUACGAGCUGGAAGAUAUGUUUGGUCGAAGCAGCUUCUGGAUGGUUGGUGGCGAUGGCUGGGCUUAUGACAUCGGCUACGGAGGUCUUGACCACGUCAUUGCCAGCGAGGAACACGUCAACAUCCUUGUGCUUGACACAGAGAUGUACAGCAAUACAGGUGGCCAGGCAUCGAAGGCAACACCCAAAGGUGCAAUGGCAAAGUUUGCAGAAGGGGGCAAGGCCACCAUGAAGAAGGAUCUAGGACAGCUUGCCAUGACUUACAAGAACGUGUAUGUGGCCAGCAUCUGCGUGCAUGUGAACCCACAGCAGGCUGUACGUGCCCUCAUUGAGGCAGAUGCUUAUGCAGGACCCAGCAUUAUCCUGGCUUAUGCCCCUUGCAUCAGCCAGGGCUUCCCCAUGGCUGAGUCGAUCCAGCACUGUCAGAUGGCAGUUGACAGUGGCUACUGGCCCUUGUACCGCUACAAUCCCGAUGCAGCUGCUCAUGGAAACAAUCCUUUCCAACUAGAUAGCAAGAAGAUCAAGGGCGAUCUCUUCAAGUUCUUGGCGAAGGAGAAUCGCUUUGCAGCAGUCAUGCGCCGCGAUCCCAAGCAUGCCCAGGAGCUGGACGACCGGUUGCAAGAGGCUGUCGUCCAGAAGAACCACUUGUUGCAGGUGUUGAACAAGGAGGACCUGGAAGGUCAGUUCAGCAAGCUGGUGGAGGGACUUUCUGAUGCCGCCUCGACCUCCGACAUGGUCACGAUUCUCUACGGCAGUGAGACUGGAAAUGCAGAAGAACAGGCAAAGAAUUUGACGCAGGACAUCCGUGCUCGCGGGCUGAAGGCUCAAGUCUCCUCGCUGGAUGACUUUGAGUUUGAGGAGCUGCCAAACCAGAAGCUUGUGAUUCUGGUGGUCUCGACUUGUGGUUUGGGCGAGUUUCCUGCAAACUGCAAGCAGACGUGGAUGAAGCUUCAGUCCCAGGAGUUGCCUAUGAGCUGGCUUUCCGGCACCAAGUUCGCUGUCUUCGGCCUGGGUGAUUCAACAUAUAGCCAGUUCUGCGUCGCGGCCAUUCAGUUUGACACUCGCUUGGGUGAGUUGGGUGGUCAGCGCCUCUUGAAGCGUGGUGUGGGCGACGACCGCGACGAGGAUCGCUACUACACUGGAUGGGAGGCGUGGCUCCCUGAGCUUUGGAAAGUCAUGGGCUUGCCCCAAAUGCCGCUGUCCCAGGAGGCUCCAGCACCUUGCUACCGCGUGGAUGUGAGCGGCGGAAAGCCCCCGAGUGACGAUGACAUUGUCCCGCCUGGCGCUUCCAAGCUGACGCUUUUGCACAACUCUCUUCUGGUGCCGGAGAAGUAUGACCGUGAUAUUCGGCACUAUGAGUUCAAGAUCGAAGGCACCAACGUGACCUAUAAGACGGGCGAUAGUCUGGCAGUGUGGCCACGAAACCCCUUCGACAAAGUAGAGGAAUUUUGCAAAGAGAUGGGCUUUGACUCCACACAAACUCUUCGUGUCCUGCCCACGGAAGGUGCGAGGAAUUGGUGUCCACAAGAGCUGUCUGUGCGACAGCUUUUCAGCCACGUGUUGGACAUUUUUGGAAAGCCGAAUCGAAAAUUCUUCGAGACCCUCUCCUUCUUUGCCAAGGAUGAGGCGGACAAGAAAGCGCUGCAGAACGUCGUGGAGAACAAUGCCGAGGGCCAGGCGUUGUACAGAGAUCUGACCCACGACUUUGCACAUCACGCUGAUGUAUUCAAGAGGUUCAAGAGCGCUCGACCUCCCAUUGAGCAGCUGCUCAACAUGAUCCCAGUCUUGAAGCCCCGAAGCUACUCCAUUGCCAGCAGCCCUUUGAUGCACCCAGACAAGAUCCAGCUGUGUGUGGUGCUUGUCGAUUGGACUGUGGAGAGCACCAAAGAGCUGCGACUAGGCGAAGCCACAGGCUACAUGCGUCAGCAGAAGCCUGGCACCACCAUGAUGUGCGCUGUGCGCCAAAGUGCUAUCGUGCUUCCCAAGGACCCUGUGAAGCCCGUUAUCAUGGCUGGUAUGGGAACUGGACUUGCGCCCUGGAGAGCUGUCACCCAGGAGCGAAUCUGCCAGCAUCGACAAGGUAACAAGGUUGGACCAUGCCAUCUCUUCUUCGGUGCACGCUACAAUGCGGAAUACCUGUAUCGCGACGAGUUCGAGGGCUAUGUCAAGGAGGGUGUGCUGUCAAUGCACACAGCCUUCUCCCGUGAACAGGCCCGCAAGAUCUACGUGCAGCAUAAGAUUGUAGAGGCCGGCAAGGAAGUGCACGAGUGCAUGCUGAAGCAGGAGGGCCACUUCUACGUUUGCGGCUCUGCAAGGCAAGUGCCUGAGGACAUCUACACCGCAAUGAAGGAGGUGAUGAUGGCCAAUGAGAAGGUGAAUGAGGACGAGGCAGAGGCCAUCUUGUCGAACCUGAAGAUGGAGGGUCGACCCCCUUUGAUGCCGGUGGCUGAUCAGAGAGAUGGCUCUGAUGUGGCCAAUCAGUUUCUAGAACAGGGCAAGUUUUGGCUGGCGGCGGAGCUGUGGUUGGUGGCGGAGCUGUGGUUGGUGGCGGAGCUGUGGGUGGCGGCGGAGCUGUGGGUGGCGGCGGAUGGUGUCAAUGAGUCAAUCACCUACACUGGUCCUGGCUGGGCGGCUCAGAGCGCGGUCGAGCAGUUUCCAGCGGCUCCAGCCACACAUUAUGAUUGCAGUGCGGGCUCAUCAGAUCCAGAUCCGAGUUGGGACGAGAAGCACAUUCGCUGGUGCUGCUACAAAUACCGGAUGUACUGCCCACAGCGUGUGGUGGACAAAAACAUCUACCACACUGUGACCAAGAUUCAGCACGUGAAGGUCCCAGUCCCGGAGCCCAUGCCCACGCAUGCUCCAAUUAUCCACACCAUCCAGCACUCCUAUCAUGUGCCAAGCCCACCAACAUACGUGAAAGUCAACGUGCCGGGCCCGAAGAUCGUGAAGCCGGUCGUUGUGAAAGACAAUGUGCCGUACCCCGUCAAAGAACCUCCACAGAUCAUCAACGUCAAGAAGCCGUACCCUGUCCACAUCAAGGGUGACGAUCACUACGUGAAAGUUCCCGUGCCUUCUCCACCUCAUUAUGUGACGCACUACCACACUCAGUGGCACACAGUGGUCGACCCAUUUUAUGACUGCCACAAUGGCCUUGACAGCUGGCACAGCCUUUGGUCUCAUUCAAAGCAACACUGGUGCUGUCAACACUCUCAUCUUGGCUGCCAGCCAGUCGGACACUGGGAAAAGGUUGUCCAUGUGAUUCACACCUAUGAUUGCCAUGCUGGAUUCUCCAACUGGUACCAUGGCUGGUCGGACCCAAAGAAAUCCUGGUGCUGCGCCAACAAACACAUGGGCUGCCCUGGAACCUGGCAUGGCCACUGGCAUGCUCAUGCAGUGGUUCACGUCGCGAAAGUGCACGGAGUGGGCAAGGGCGGUUAUGAUUGCAACGCUGGUGCAUCCAACUGGAUGCAGGGUUGGUCAUCAAAGAAGAAGGACUGGUGCUGCAGCAACGGCCACAGCCAGUACUGCGUGAAGUUCCAUUGCCACGAAGAUACAGCCAACCAAGCUAGCUGGGCCUCAGACAAGCGCGACUUCUGCUGCCAGAAUUUCCAAUUGGGCUGCCCACAUACCACCUUGUCCCCACUCGGCUGUGACGCCCAAUGCGAAUUGAACGGAGAAUCCUCGACCUGCCAAGAGCGCAUUGACUGGACGCAGAAACACGUCUUUGGCGAGAAGAGCAACGGUUGCAAUCUGGCCUACAGCAGGAUUCAGGUGGAGUGCGAUGUGUGCCGUGCAUGCACCAUUCAGGCCGCUGGCUGCGGAGAGCAAGGGCCAGGAAAAGCAGCGUUUGAUUGCCAGGCUGCCUUGGGCAAUUGGUGUCGUGCGUGGUCUCCGGCCAAAAAGGUUUGGUGCUGCAAAGAGAAAGGAAAAGGCUGCCAGUCUGUGAGCGCACCACCUGCCUGCGAUGCUGGUGAGGGUAAGGUGUGGAAGAAGGUUUUCAUCAACGGCCACUGGUCUUGGGAGGCUCACAUGGCACAUGGUGCUGUGUCCGUGCAGAAGCCUUAUGAUUGCCAUGCAGGACUGGCAGGAUGGGCACAUGGAUGGUCGGAGCCGAAGAAGACCUGGUGCUGCGGUCAUGAAAAGCUUGGCUGCCCUGGCUACGUGUACCAUGGGGCUGGAGCUGGUGGGAACACUCAUGUUGUUGUCACCCACCAUUUUGUCGCUGGCGCUGCUGGUGGUGCUGGUGGUGGUGCUGGUGGUGCUGCCGGCGGCCACAGCUGGUCUAGCAGCGGCAGCUAUUCUCACAGCCACCACCACGUCCAUCAUGUCGUCCACGUCCACCAUGUGGUGCACUAGGCCAUGCCAAAUUCAUGCUGCACGCAGCAGGUGCGAUGCCUGUCAAAGAGUCACUUUGUUUUGUGAGAUAGCCGAGUCACUUUGUUUCAUAUCUAGCGAUGGCCUCCACCCUAGUAGAGAUGGCCUCCACCCUAGUAGCGAUGACCUCCAACCUAGAAGCAAUGACCUUCAACCUACUAGCCUGAAUGUGAGAUCCUGUGUUCUUUUUUCUAGACCGCUCAGGCCGAGAUGGCGUAGGAAGGAGAGCACAACCUCGCUCAGCAUUCGCAGCACGUGUCUGAAAAGAACCCCCCAAGGGCACUUAGACUUGCUUUUCCAGGUCGAACUGAAUGGUCUUUAUCUGUUUUUGGCUACACAAAAUCACAGCUGUCUGAUGUGUCAAAGCUAAGACAGCGUUGUUUUGGCCAACAGCGAGAAUCCACGUGCCUU